UAUAAUAUUUCUUCUUGGAGUUUUGAUUAAAAGCCUGUAUGAUAAACAGGGGCUGGAAUUUCAGUGGCCUGUGGAAGAAUGGAAGAAACACUGCACAAGGAAUGGCCGCAGUAUGCAUACUGUUGUACAUGUGUGUGGGGGGGCGCUUUCUGUUGCUCCUAUGAUAACGAAUCCAGAUGACAGCCGCUGGAUAGCAACAACGUCUUUCUACGACAAUCACUACCUUAUUUUCCUCGCACACACAGACACACACACACACACGUACACAUUAGGUCUCCAUUUCUCGUAAAGGCACGAACACACAUGCAACAUACGUCUUACUUUUUACAUUUCUCACAAAGGAAUUAAUGCACACACACAUAAUUAUAGUAUGCCUCACUUUUUCCACUUCUAUAUUAUAUACACAUGCACAGAGACAGACGGAGACACACGCAUACAUACGCAUUACAUUUUCCACUUCUCACACACACACACAUUAACACAUAACCAGCCACGGACACAUAAAUGUGUCCACUGUCUCCAUAAGCAGCAAGAUUUUAUAUGGAGGUUUUAAUACUAGGCGUUAAUACUUUGUACAUACAUGGUUUCUGCUUGCAUAUUAGUGGCAUGGAAAGGGUUAAGGAUACACACAUAUGCCUUACCUUACCUCCCCUCUCUCCCUCCCUCUCAACGCAGACCAUGUCAGACUCCGAGGAGACCAAGAUGAGACCACGACCUCCCUCCUCACCCGGACUCUGCUCGUACUGCUCCAGAUGUCUCAGCUGCUGCUGCUUCUUGCAAGAAGACAAAAAGAAAUUUGCCGGAGUCGAGUACGAUCUGGUCCCGACUUCGGGGGAGGGGAUCAUUUUCAACAACUUGCCCGAGCCGGAGGUGAAGAAGAAGUAUAUGUUCCAGCAGACCAAGAUGGAGUAUGCCGCGGCACUUACGUCGUCGGGGGCGACGAAACGCGACGAGAUGGGAAAGGUGAUACGGAAACAGCCGGUCAGGGAUCGCAGUCUUAGUGAGCCGUCUCUGCCGCCUGGUUACAUCCCCGACCCGAGCAUGUUCAACUUCAGCAAGAAAUCGUCGACGUUGCCGCUAUCGUCGAUGCGGACGUACUCCGAGAGACAUUUUAACGGACACGGUUCCCCCAGAACUUCCCCGCUACGUGGUUCCCCUCCCGCGGGGUCCUCGGUCCUCCACGAGAGACAGUUCAGCGCCCCGGCGACCUUCGAUUACGACAGCAGCGUCACCGCAAGUUGGAGGCCUUCUCUCUCGGCCAUCCAGGAGCCCGGCGAAGACGAAGCGGUGGGAAUGGGGUUAAAACGGGGAGGAGCUGAGGGGUUAAGUCGGGGUACAAAUGCCGGGCAUUCUCUCCCUCCCGAAGUUGAAUUCUCUCUGUACUAUGAUAUUCAGUGUCGCACGCUGAUGGUACAUCUCCAGUGCGCCAGGUUUUUACCAAAUCGAUCAAAGAAAGCCGGACUGAAUCCUAUCGUCCUCCUCUAUCUUCUCCCGAAUCGCGAAGACAUCUUCCAGUCGAAGAUGGUUCAAAACACGCCCAACCCGGUUUUCAACCAGUCGUUCGAGUUUACAGGUCUCAUGCCGGACGAGAUUCGACGGCAGACCCUCGUGUUCCGCGUGUUUAGUCACUCGUCGAAAGGUGACCUUUUGGGCGGGCUGAGCGUGUCCCUCUCGGAGGCUGAUCUGUUUGGAGUGAUGUGCAGGAGGAAUAUCGACACCGACGUCGAGAAACUAAAGCUGGUGAGCAGAGGUGAUUUGCUGAUUUCCCUCUCUCACAACCCAACCAACCAGACCCUGCAAGGACUCCUGCUGAAGGCCACUAACCUACAGAAACAAGACAUUGUGGGACUGGCAGAUCCCUAUGUCAAGAUAUGGCUGCUGAAAAAGGGACGUCGCAACCAGAAAUGGAAAUCGAAAAGUGAAACGAAACACUCUCAUCCCGAUCUUCAACGAGUCGUUUCAGUUCGACCUCUCAGACGUGAACGUCAAGGAAGCCGCACUAGAGAUACUGAUGAUGGACUACGACCGUUUCUCCCGGAACGACCUUGUGGGUGUGGUUUACAUCGGGGAAGGGGUCCCGCACGACACGGGAAAACAACAUUGGGAUCACGUCAUGUGUCAGCCCAACACGAGCAUCAGCAGCUGGCACACCAUCCUCCCCAUCACCGCACAGAUGGAGAGAACGACGCGAAAGAAAAAAGUCAGUCGCACCAUCUCUUCACGAUACACGGAAGACGAGGAUGACGAUAAUUAGAAAGAAAAACUAAUAAUUAAUAUAUAGCCAUUGUUGUAAUCACUAUGAUUUUUAAUCCAUGAUUUUUAUUUAAUUAAUUCUGAUUUUUAUGUGGUUGUUGUGAAAAUCAUAUUAAUUAUUUGACAUACCAGAUCAUACCUUCCGUGAUGAAAAAUAUUUGCAAAUGCUCAGAUUACAACUAAAAAUUGCAUGAAAAACGGUGUGAAGGGACCAAAUUCUUGAAGAUAGUGAUAAGUGUCAAAAUGAUGUGAAUCUAGUUUAGUGACACAGAAAGAAAAGUGGCAGUAAAAUAAGGGUUAAAUGUAAACCUAAUAGCAUUGUUACACAGGGUCCUAUAUAUUGCAUAUUGAGCCCUUAUGCACCGACACAUUCCCUAUAAGGAGGUCAUAGAGUCGAUGGUGAUAUUGGAAGGACUGGAUGCCAGUUGCUGAUUCUGGUACCAGACUGAGACAUGACCUGUUGCCA